ACGAAGGCCGAAGGGGCGGGCUGCGCACAUGUCAUCACGAGCUGACAGCAAGUGGCAACGAGAAACUUGCUCCAAACAGCGGGACAACGUUCGUCUUUCCUGUGCGAUUUGCGACCAAUUUAAGAUCGGAUAGGGUCUUUUGUGCCGUCGAAAGAUCCCUAAGAUCUUUAGCGACAACAAUUUGUGGUAUUCUAUGUUGUAUGGCCGAGAUUUGUGGCAAAAUCUCGCCCAGUAUUCCCGGGUGCUGUAUCCUAAAGGGUUGAUUGAUUUUUCCGGACCCCUCCACAUAUGAUGUAAGCUGGAAUAUCAGUGCGAUCCUCUUUGAUCUUUUUGAUCCCCUCCGUAAACCCUAACCUUGAACAAGGACGAUAUUAUGAGCGGAAGACCACGAACAACAUCCUUCGCCGAGGGUAAUAAGCCAGGGCACCAGGCACCAUCCUUCGGAGGGGUGAAAGUCAGCCGGGAUAAAGAUGGCAGCAAGGUGACUACAGUCGUAGCAACUCCUGGUGCAGGGCCCGAUCGGCCACAGGAAGUGGCCUACACGGACACCAAAGUGAUCGGCAAUGGGUCGUUUGGGGUGGUGUACCAGGCCCGCCUCUGCGACACUGGCGAACUCGUGGCCAUCAAAAAGGUGUUGCAGGACAAGAGAUUCAAGAACCGGGAAUUACAGAUCAUGCGGAAACUGGAACACAUCAACAUCGUGCGGCUUAGAUACUUCUUCUACUCCAGCGGAGAGAAGUUGUCCUGUCUGAGAAGGGACAAGACAGGGAAUGGAGCAGGGUCCGACUCACGGGCUGCCAGUAAAGACGAGGUGUACUUGAAUCUAGUGUUGGACUUUGUACCAGAGACAGUAUAUAGAGUGGCUAGGCAUUACAGUAAAAACAAACAGACGAUACCUAUAUUAUAUGUAAAGUUGUACAUGUACCAGUUGUUCCGCAGUUUAGCAUACAUCCAUUCCAUGGGAGUGUGCCACAGAGAUAUCAAGCCACAGAACUUGCUACUGGACCCUGAGACUGCGGUCCUCAAGCUCAUUGACUUCGGAAGUGCAAAGCAGUUGGUACGGGGUGAGCCGAACGUGUCGUACAUCUGUUCUCGCUACUACAGAGCACCUGAACUUAUAUUUGGUGCGACAGACUACACAACUGAUAUUGACACGUGGUCAGCUGGGUGUGUUAUAGCGGAGCUGCUACUGGGGCAGCCAAUCUUCCCCGGGGACAGUGGGGUGGACCAGUUGGUAGAGAUUAUCAAGGUUCUAGGAACUCCAACUAGAGAACAAAUCAGGGAAAUGAACCCGAACUACCAGGAGUUCAAGUUUCCUCAGAUAAAGCCUCACCCCUGGAACAAGGUAUUUGGACCUCAGUCGCUGGCAGAUGCUUUAAACCCUAAUUCUAGAACACCCAGCUUUGGCAAAGGUGCCAAGGUGUUUCGACCACGCACACCGCCCGAGGCCAUCAACCUCUGCAGUCGGCUGCUGGAAUACACGCCGGGGGCCAGGAUAUCUCCGCUGGAGGCCUGCACACAUCCGUUCUUUGACGAGCUACGGGACCCAAACACGAGGUUACCCAAUGGAAGAGAGCUGCCGCCACUCUUCAACUUCACUCCACAUGAACUGUCCAUCAACCCAUCACUGAACUCGCGGCUUCUACCGCCUCACUUGCAACAGCAGGGUGCUGCCCCCCUCCCCACCUCCAACGCAGAGGCUGCCAACGCCGCCUCGUCAGAAGCUGGCACGUCAGGGGGAGGGGCCACCGCCUCAGCCUCUGGGGGGACGUAACUCUCACUAACCAAUCAGGAGCUCAGGCACACGUCUGCCUCCUGGGAUUGGUUGACCAAUGGCACGAGGGCUGGUCUUUCCUCGUCCCACUGGUCCACCAAUCAUCAGUAGGCUUACAUAUCACAGCCCUCCUUUCUCCUACCUUGGUCAGUAUACUUCUGGCCAUUUUUCGUUGCUGAUGACAGAAAUCAACAGGGUAGAUCUGGCAGGCCCAUGCUGUAUGGGGAUACUGUGGUUACUGAGCUGUUUUGUCCAACAAGUGAUCAUGUGUGAGAAACUCAAUGUGAGAGAUACUGGGAUAACGAGCACUCUUCUAUGUAGCUUAUGUUGUCAGUGCAAAGGAAGGUUACAACCCCAGUCAGCAGAAGGGGAGGGACGCUAUAGCAAAACCAGAUACAAUGUUGUGCACGUCUGCAAGGGUGGGUUGAAUUCCACAGCUACAGAGGCCACUGUAAGGCCACGUUGUAAAUGUAGAUAACAAGAAGACAACUUGUGAGGAAGUAGUUCCAGUUAGAUAAGAAUUGUUCAAUGUCCUGUACAUAGUCUUAUGUUUGAGCUGAUUCUGGGUCCUGUACGUGCACCCACUCUGGUCUAUUCCAUGCUGUAGGGAUGGGAUGGCACUAUUUUGCUCAGGGGCAAAUGUUGCUGGGUCUUGCCAUGCAAGCCUCAGAACAUGUCCUCUGUGAUGCAUGUAUGAUCUUAAUGUAUACUUAGUCUUAUCCCUGGACAAGGAAUACUCUAUACUGUACCUGUGGCAGGUCGGCAUGUAAAUAAGCCAGAAGACAAAAUGAAGAAAUUGCCAAAUUGAUCCUGAAAGAUGAUGACUCCAGGCCUUUCCUGUAUCAAUACUCUUACACACAGUAGAUAGUUGUAGUAGUCUGGCACAGCCCCAUCUGUACAGCACCUAACGGUACCACGUGGCAACCUGUACAGUAGGACGUGGAGUCUUGCCACCCUACCUCAGUUAGCACGUCUUGGCCAUGUCUUGUGAUCAGCUCUAGUGCAGAGGUAACUUUCUGGCAAACGUAGGAAGGGGAAAUUUGAUUUGUUGUAAAUAUUGGUUAAAACAAUUCCAUGUUAGUAGCUUCGAGCUGCCCCCCUCCCCUCCAGCAGUGACAAGAAUACUUAUCCCCGCUGUUCUUAUGUUUGAGACACUACUGAGUCUGGAGUGGAGGAGGGUGUCAGCAUGUAAUCAUGUGUCCUAUGUAAAACUGUGUAGUGUUCAGCUCCAAAAGUUAGUUGGACUUGCUUUUUCAAGACAAUAUGAUGUGUUAUGUAGAGGUUGGCAGUUUGAAGAUUACAUGUACACUGUGUAAUGAAGAAGACACAAGGUUGUGACACAAGUCAUAACCAUAUCAGACCACAUUUCAGUGCGAUUAGAGGUGCAAAUAUCCUUUCCCAGAGGAACAAGUUGAAGAAUGCAGAAAAAUUGAAUAAUUUGGGUUUUACGAAAUGAAAUCCAGUGCUCUUAUUUUGUGUACACUAGUUUUUAAGUAAAUGAGAAAAAGGCUUUUUUUCCUGUUUUCAUGUGCAUGUUUUUUUAAUUUUACUCUUUCAUGGAAAAAUAAGAAAUUGAAUAUAUGGUCAGAUGGGGGUGAACUUCAGCAUGUACUAAAAGAUAUAAUUCCACUCCACCUUCCCUUCCAUGUAUCCCUGUAUGUAUUUUCUUUGUACUGUAGACACAUGCUUCCUAAACAAAUACGGCACACUGGUUGUACAAAACGUGCAGCUCAGCAAAGAUACCUUUCUCUCUCGAGCUGCUAUUAGCAGAUCUGUAAUAAGAAACUUAAUGGCUCCACAACGUACGUUAUCCAUGGAUGUGGGUUCCCUUUUUGUAAGUAUGUGGACAUCAAUGUUGAAUUUUAAUUUCCAAUAUUGGAUAGAUGGUGCCAGCCAGCCAUUAGCACAAUCCCACUGGUACAUUUUCUAUCAGUAUACUCUGUAUUAAUAAAUCUACCCUAUUCUGAAACCAUGA